AUGACAUCGCCGGGAGACGAGCAUUCGGAGAACCACCACCGGCCCGCUGAGCGUUCUAAUCCGGUCAAGAAACCGGCAUCGGUGUCCAUGGACCACGGUACUUGGAUUCCGCUCAGAUCGCGGGUAGGGUUAUCCGCGUUGCAAAUUCCGGCGGAUUACAAAUAUGCGAAGGAUUUGCUUAGGGUUUGCGAUGCUAAUAAAGACGGGAGGGUUGAUUAUCAGGAAUUUAAGAGGUAUAUGGAUGAUAAGGAGCUUGAACUUUAUCGUAUUUUUCAAGCUAUUGAUGUCGAACAUAGUGGCAGCAUUUUACCCGAGGAGCUCUACGAUGCUCUUGUUAAGGCUGGUAUAGAACUCGAUGAUGAUGAACUCGCUAGUUUUGUUGAACGUGUGGACAAAGACAACAAUGGAAUCAUAACCUUUGAAGAAUGGCGUGACUUUUUACUACUUUACCCUCACGAAGCAACCAUAGAAAACAUCUACCAAUAUUGGGAACGCGUUUCCCUUGUAGACAUCGGAGAACAAGCGGUGAUUCCAACCGGAAUCAGCAAACACGUCCACGCCAGCAAAUACCUGAUCGCCGGAGGAGUCGCCGGAGCCGCCUCCCGCACCGCCACCGCUCCGCUCGACCGCCUGAAAGUCGUCCUCCAAGUCCAAACCACCAAGGCUUCAAUCGGGCCCGCAGUUAGAAACAUAUGGAAGGAAGGUGGGGUGUUGUCUUUUUUCAGGGGUAAUGGUUUGAAUGUUGUGAAGGUGGCUCCUGAGAGUGCUAUAAAGUUUUAUACUUAUGAAAUGUUGAAGAAUUGGAUUGGAGGUGGUGAUAAGGAUGAUAUCGGGACUUCUGGGCGGCUUCUUGCUGGCGGCAUGGCGGGUGCGGUGGCUCAAACUGCUAUUUACCCGAUGGAUCUUGUGAAGACCCGUUUACAGACCCAUGUUUGUGAAGGUGGAAAGGCUCCGAGUUUGGUCAAACUUUCUAAAGAUAUUUUGGUUCAAGAAGGGCCUCGGGCUUUUUAUAAAGGGAUUAUUCCUUCACUUCUUGGAAUUAUUCCUUAUGCUGGAAUUGACUUGGCUGUUUAUGAGAACUUGAAAGAAAUGUCAAAAACAUACAUUUUCCUUGAUAAAGAUCCUGGGCCUUUAGCACAAUUGGGUUGUGGGACUGUUUCUGGUGCCCUUGGAGCCACUUGCGUGUAUCCAUUGCAAGUUGUAAGGACAAGGAUGCAAGCUAAUAGGCCUGGUGGAGCGGAUGCAUACAGAGGAAUGAGUGAUGUGUUCUUGAAGACUUAUCAGAAUGAAGGGGCACGUGGUUUUUAUAAAGGACUUUUCCCAAAUCUUCUGAAAGUCGUGCCAGCAGCCAGUAUUACUUAUAUGGUUUAUGAAGCAAUGAAAAAGACACUUGAUCUUGAAUGAUGAUGAUGAGAAGUUAGAAUAAAGAGAUUUUAGUUGAUUAUUAGGUGAUAUACCCAUUGUUGGAUUUACAUGGUGAUAUUGAUAGGUGUUGUGUUACUGUUAACUUACCACUUGGGAAAACGCGCUGUUUUUGUAGCGAACAAGUUUUUCUUCAGCUUCAUUCUGAUUCCAUGUAUAUGUUAUGUUAGGUGGUCAUGUGGAAAUUGAGUACAAUAGACUUGCCGAUUCUUUGUUACAUCAAUUAUCAAUACAUGUUGAAUUGUGGGAUGCAA